GACACUGUGCCUAUCGGAGAUAUCUCAGGAGGACAAAAUCAUCCUCCUGGGGGACUUUAAUGCAAGAAUUGGACAAGACUUCAACAUGUGGCCAGGGAUCAUAGGAAAAGACGGGGUUGGAAACAGCAACUCAAAUGGCAUCCUACUUCUCACGAAAUGUGCAGAACACAACCUUGUCAUCACCAACACACUCUUCCAUCAGAAAAACAAGCUCAAGACAUCAUGGAAGCACCCCUGGUCAAAGCAUUGGCACCUCUUAGACUGUGUAAUUAUAGGUGCCAGAGACCGCCAUCACAUGCUUCUCACAAGAGCCAUGACAGGGGCUAAUGACUGCUGGACAGACCACAGGCUAAUCCGAUCAGUGAUGGCUAUCAAGAUCAUCCCCAAAGUAGACUCCAAGAAAGAAAGAUAAGGUGCAAAAUGAACACCCAAGCCCUUCAAGAGCCCUCCAAAUGAGCCCUUCUCCAAACAGCACUCAAGGACCAUCUACCCUUAGAACAUCCCAAAAAAGUUGAGGAACAUUGGAACAAACUGUAGACCUCCAUCAUCACAGCUUGCGAAGAAACUAUUGGAUAUCAAACCAAGAAACAUCAAGACUGGUUUGAAAAAAAUGACGAGAUCCAAUAGCUAAUUGACAAGAAAAGGAAAGGCUUCCAAACAUGGCAGAGAGACAUCAACUGUAAUCUAUGGACCAAAAAACCAUGGCAUACAGCCUCUACGCUCAUCAGAUGGAACCAAACUUCUGAAGGACAAAAAAUCAAUUGCACUAUGUUGGAAAGAACACUACCAAAGCCUCCUGAAUCGCAGCUCCAAUGUGGCCGAAGAGGUUCUCUCACAAAUCCCGCAACAACUAACCAGGGAUGAGCUUGGAGCACUGCCUAGUUUGGAAGAAGUCACCAAUGCCAUCAGCCAACAAAAAAAUAACAAAGCCAGCAGACCUGAUGGGAUCCCUGCUGAAAUUUUUAAAGAGGGAGGACCUUAGCUGACACAACUCUACCAGUUCAUAGAAAAAGUGUGGGUGACUGAGAAAAUCGCAGCAGAUUUCAAGGAUGCCACCAUCAUCACCCUUUUCAGAAAAAGAGAAAGAACAGACUGUGGAAACUAUCAAGGUAUCUCCCUUCUAACCUCAACUGGGAAAAUCCUCGCAAGAGCCCUUGCAAACCGCAUUCUACCCCACUCAGAAGACACCCUUCCAGAAUCCCAGAAUGGCUUCUGCACCUCCAGAGGAACCGUGAACAUGAUCUUCACUGCACGACAGCUCCAAGAAAAAUGCAGGGAACAAAAUCAACCUCUGUACAUGGCAUUCAUUGACCUUGCAGAGGCAUUUGAAUCGCAGUGCUCUCUUGACCAUCCUCCAAAAAAUCGGGUGCCCUAACAAAUUUGUGAACAUCCUCAUGGUGGCAACAGUCUUGGACAGCAGGUGCUCCCCAAGUGACCCAUUUAAGGUGGAAUCAGGUGUCAAACAGGAAUGCGUUAUUGCCCCAACCUCAUUUUCCAUCUUCAUCACUAUGAUACUUCAUCUUGUUGAUAGGAAGCUUCUAUCGGACAGAAAUCAUCUAUCGGACAGAUGGCAAGCUAUUUAACCUCAGCAGACUAAAAGCCAAAACCAAGGUUACAACAACAUCUGUUAUACAACUCCAGUAUGCUGAUGACGUCAUCUGUGUACAUUCAGAAGAAGACCUACAAGCCACUCUAAACACCUCCGCAGAAGCAUAUGAGAGGCUCAACUUGUCAUUGAACAUUGAGAAAACCAAAGUGCUCUUCCAGCAGUCACCAGCCAAUCCCUCUCCAAUGCCAGAAAUACAGCUUAAUGGUGUAACAUUAGGAAAUGUUGACCAUUUCCGCUACCUUGGCAGCCACCUCUCCACAAAAGUCAACAUUGACACCAAAAUACAACACCGUGCAGCAUUUUUCCGACUGAAGCAUAGAGUGUUUGAGGAUUGGGACAUCCAUAGGGAUACCAAGAUGCUUGUUUAUAAAGUUAUUGUCCUCCCUAUCCUGCAAUAUGCCUGUGAAACAUGGACUGUCUACAGACGUCACAUGCAACUCCUGGAACGAUUUCAUCAGCGCUGCCUCCGGAAAAUCCUGCAAAUCUCUUGGGAAGACAAGCAGACAAAUGUCAACGUGCUGGAAGAAGCAAAGACCACCAGCAUUGAAGCGAUGAUCCUCUGUCAUCAAUUCCGUUGGACCAGUCACAUUGUCCGAAUGCUUGACCACUGUCUCCCAAAGCAGUUGCUCUUCUCCGAGCUCAAGAAUGGAAAAUGGAAUGUUGGAGGACAGGAAAAGAGAUUUAAAGAUGGGCUCAAAGCCAACCUUAAAAACUCUGGCAUAGACACAGAGAAUUGGGAAGCCCUGGCCCUUGAGCGCUCUAACUUGAGGUCAGCUGUGACUCGCAGCGCUGUAGAAUUUGAAGAGGCACGAAUGGAGGGCAAAAGAGAGAAAUGUGACAAGAGGAAGGCACAUCAAGCCAACUCCAACCAGGACCGCCUUCUGUUUGGAAACCGAUGCCCUCACUGUGGGAGAACAUGCAUGUCAAGAAUAGGGAUCCACAGUCACCUACGUACCCACUGCCAGUACACCGAACUUGGAAGACAAUCUUACUCAGUCAAUGAGGGAUCGCCUAAGUAAGUAAGUAAGUACAGGCUGACAAUUUUAACUGGAGCUUGUUUUGGGGGUAGGGCUUCUGUGACAAGCCUCCUGAAAAAAAAAACAUGCUAGGCCUUAUUUUCCAGUUUGGUCUUCUUUUUGGGGAAAUAGGGUAAAAGGGGAACAUUUCUGCUCCUGAAGGGACAGCUGGCAAGAUUUCUUUUCAAAUGCCUUUGCUUCUCCGAACACAAAUGCAGGCACCUUCUUGCAGGUUGUUAUGGUACUAAAUGGAAUCUUGGCCAAGUUGUGUUGCCAGACUGAGUCCUUAUCUGUCAAUUUCC